UCGUUGACCAAAACAUGCUUAAACAUAUUUCAUCUUCCCAUCCAUAAUUAUAUUAAAUUCUGGAUCCAAUUCCUGCAAGACUCGAAGCCAAGCCUUAGCUACUCUCUGCAACUAUGGUAGGCUCAAGCUCCGACUGACGGAAAUUCUUCCAACCCCAACAAUGUGGACGAGAAACCGGAGAUGCGGCAGCAGAUCGGUGAUGAUGAAAAGGCGAGGAAGCAGAAGGAAAUAAAUGAUUGGCUUCCGAUUACUUCAUCAAGGAAUGCAAAUUGGUGGUACGCAGCUUUCCACAAUGUCAAUUCCAUGGUUGGAGCUGGUGUCCUAGGUCUUCCCUUCGCAAUGUCCAAUCUCGGAUGGGGUCCAGGAUGUGUUGUAAUGGUGCUUUCAUGGGUGAUCACUUUGUUCACGUUGUGGCAAAUGGUUGAGAUGCAUGAAAUGGUUCCCGGCAAGCGGUUCGAUAGGUACCAUGAGCUAGGGCAACACGCCUUCGGCGAAAAGCUUGGCCUCUGGAUUGUGGUGCCUCAGCAGCUCGUAUGCGAAGUUGGUGUUAACAUUUUGUACAUGGUCACAGGUGGACAAUCCCUGCAGAAGAUCCAUAAGAUAGUAAAGAAAGACAAGGAUCCCAUCAAGCUCACCUACUUCAUCAUGAUCUUUGCCUCCGUGGAAUUUGUCCUCUCCCAUCUCCCCAACUUCAACUCCAUCUCCGGCAUCUCAUUAGCCGCGGCGGUGAUGUCACUAAGUUACUCUACCAUAGCAUGGACUACUUCAAUCCACAAGGGUGUUCAGCCAGACGUAGAGUACGGGUACAAAGCUCGAAGCACGUCGGGGACAGUCUUCAACUUCUUCAACGCCUUGGGACAGGUAGCUUUUGCCUAUGCAGGCCACAACGUGGUUUUGGAGAUCCAAGCUACACUCCCCACUUCUCCAGAAAAGCCAUCGAAGUAUGCUAUGUGGAGAGGGGUGGUGAUCGCCUACAUAGUGGUGGCCUUGUGCUAUUUUCCGGUGGCUUUCAUCGGAUAUUACACUUUUGGGAACACGGUGGAGGACAACAUCCUAAUCUCGUUAGAGAAACCCGGAUGGCUCAUUGUAACAGCAAACAUGUUUGUUAUCAUCCAUAUCAUUGGGGGUUAUCAGCUAUUUGCAAUGCCAGUAUUUGACAUGAUAGAAACUGUGUUGGUAAAGAAACUGCAUUUUCGGCCCACAACGAAGCUUCGCUUCAUUACUAGGAACAUAUACGUUGCGUUCACAAUGGUCGUCGGAAUGACCUUUCCCUUCUUCAGUGGUAUCAUGGGAUUCCUCGGAGGAUUUGCUUAUUCCCCAACAUCAUACUAUCUCCCGUGCAUUAUAUGGCUAGCCAUCAAGAAACCGCGCAAGUUUAGCCUAUCGUGGUUUAUUAACUGGAUUUGCAUCAUACUCGGCGUCCUGCUGAUGAUCGUCUCGCCUAUCGGAGGUUUCCGGAAUAUCAUACUUCAGGCCAAGGAAUACCACUUCUACAAUUAACAAACUUGUCACACACACGAACAAAACUAGUAUACUCUGUAAAAUCAAUGCAUUAUAUGUAGCUGCAAGCUUAUGUGACGAAUAAGUACCACGAAAACGAGGUUUUCCAUCUGUCUCUUGGUUCGGUUAGGAACGACGGACUUCGACAUCCUACCAGUUGGGAGGAAGAAGAAUAUUGCUGAAGAAAGAAAGUCUCAAAUUUUGGGUUU